AUGGACCUCUCUUGUGGCGCCAAAUGCAUCAAAUACCUCCUCUUCAUAUUCAAUGCGCUGGUGUUCGUAAGUGUUCUUUCCAUUCAUCUUCAAUAGUCUCUUACAAAAAUUCAGUGCAUUUAAGCAGAUAUUAAGCUUUACUUGCCUGUGAAUCCAUGCUUCUUGUCCUAAUCAAGACUUGCAAAUUGCCCGGUAAAUACUUUCAUUAUUGACCUCAUGUUGAAACAUGCACAUACUUAAGAAAAACUGGCAGACAGCCAAGGCAAUACGAAAUCCACAGUGUAGAUAGAAGCCACCUCUCCUAGAUAAUAACUCUCACUCUCAGGGUUGAUGAAAGGCUACUGCUCUUACAAGCACCAUCAUUCGCAUUCUGUGCCAGAAUCUCCAUUUUCCUUCAGUUAGGCAUUACGGACCAAUGCUUCACUGCUAGUCCUGUAAGAGAACUUUCUAUCGGUUAUACUAUUUUGACAUGUUCCCUGAAAGACAUAUCCGAAUUUUGAGUCAUAACUGACGGCGUAGCUGUUUUAGCUUACUAAGUAGACUGAAAGUUCUAAAGAAGCCGACGUACAAAACAAUUAUUGUUGAGAACUGGGAGAUGUAGGGAAGUAGGGUUUUGCGUAACUAAAGUGUAUCCCCGUCUUUUGCUAUGUCAAAUUGUUUUGCCAGUCUAGAAGCUCAUCCGUGCGUCUUUUGUUAACCAAACGGUUGUAAACUAAUGCGUUUUCGGCCAGACACCAAGCUUUGCUUCACUGCCCCUACUUUACGGUGCUAGACAAAGGUAGAGUCUCGCAUUCAACAAGAGGAUCCAAGAGUAUCCUUGUCACGAAAUAUUCCAUAAAACCUUAAUGAAGGAUGGAGGGUAGUGGGGUUUGACUAUGUGCUUGCAAAAUAAUAACUUGCGAGGAAAACAUUCAUGUUGACAGCCAACGUGUUUGUUAAUUGAGUGGCUUCUUGUGACUCGAUUACCAGACCUAGCUGGAAGCAGUUGUUAUCCAGAUAUGUCCUUCUAGCUUUAGAUAGACUAUUCAUGAUAUAAUAUGUACGAGAUAUGGUUGUGAUAAGUUGUUUGAGAUGUCACCAGAGGGCGCAUAUUACAACCAAGUCUUCCUUGUAUAUUGCAGUGAUAAGGUGUUGGGCGGGUCAACAAGGGCGUAAGACCAAAACAUUGCCUUCUGAAAGUUGAACGGCCAAAUCACAUAAGAACACCUGUUAUGCCGCGUACAGGUCUAAAUGGCCAUAACUCAAAUAAAACAGCAAAAAAUAUGAGAAGUAUGAGUCACAGGUUGGAGUCAUAAUGGCGCUUUUGUAGAACAGCACUGCUCAUCCUAAUAUCCGACUAAAGUUUGUUUCAAGGCGAAUCCAUAUUCGGAUAGUGAUAAAAGUCUAGCGUACGAGGAAAAUUGCACGUAUUUCUUUAAAUGGGUAUGCUGCAUGCCUUGCUUUAUUUAGGGGACGAGUUAGAGUGGUAUACGGUGUGAUUGUUUUGACAGCUGGCGUCGAUAAAUAGUCACAACAAAUUGGAAUGAGAAUAUGAAUGGAGCGGAACACGAAAUAAGUCUCAUAGUACAUAGUUUCAUAAUACAUUGGACAGAGGGCGCCAUUAUAAGGGGAGGUGUGCACGGGACUUCCCAGUCUCUGAAGAUGGGUAGACGAAUAAACUACUCGAAACGUCGGACCUCAAAGAAACCCCUCCCGUUGAAGGCCCCAUUUUCUUUUGAUAUGCCACCUGGGAAUCGCAUUUUUACUACUAUUGAUGAGUCUCAAAGUAUAUGUGAGUUUAAUUAGUUUACUACUUCUUAUUGCAGAUUUUCGGCGCCGUCAUAACUGGAUUUGGAAUCUACAUGGUUGUGCAAUCAAGAAAUGAGCUUGAUGGCCAAGCAAUCGCCAUCCCAGCCUUCAUCCUAACCGUGGGCCUGCUUGUGUUUCUAAUAGGGUUCCUGGGCUGUUGCGGAGCCUGCAAGGAGCAUGUCUGCAUGCUAAAAACUGUAAUGCUUUUUUCAAUGAUUCUCAUGAAUUUUGCUUAGUUUGCCGUAAUUAUCAUCAUUUUGCUGAUACUGCAAAUAAUUGCUGGUAUAUUAGUCUUUGUCUACAGAAGCAAGGUGAGAAUACCCCGUCCUUUGGAUAUGUUGAUUAAUCUCACCCAACUUUAAAAUAGUUCGUAACGGUGGUAGCAGAGGGCAUAGCCUAUCAGAUAAAGCACCUGGACUCACUUCCCGCAACAGAACAAAAGGAAACCCGAAAGGCGUUUAAUAAGCUCCAGCAAAAGGUAGGCUAGUGCAUUGUGAGAGCGUUUUUAUAUCCAGCUCAACUGUUGCGGAGGACACGGUCCCGAGGAUUGGGGCACGUCUGUUCCCCCUUCCUGCUGCAAAGGAGAAACUUCACCGUGCAAUAAACCAUACGAGCAGGUAAGCUAAAACAAGAAAACCGUCCAUUUCGUCGUAGGUUUUUGCAAUGGUAUGCUAUUAAAUUUUGUGUAAUACACAAGCAAUCACAAGUAUCGACAUGCAGUCGAAAUUGCAGAAUUUCAUGCUUAUUCUCUCAUUUAUGGUGUAUAGAUAACGGUCCUUCAAGCAUGCAACGAAGUCUUUACUUCAAACUAAUGUAUACUACUAGUUGCAUGUCGGCUGUUAAUGAAUAUUACGCAGUUACCCGCUGUCACUGAUGAAUUGCGGUCCCAAAUAUUCAUACCUAAAUAUCUCGGUCUGAGCCUACAGAACCUGAAUAAACUGAUCUACUCCGAGUUCGUAGUUAAGUUCUGAGGAAAUUUAAAAGCGACAAUCGCUAAAUUAAAUGUCCUUCUAAUUUCUGCAACAACUUUUCAAACACAUAGUUUAAAUGGCAAAACGUUCGACGUCGUUGCUAAGCUUAACAACUCUUAGUUCUCACAGGACGCACGUUUGUACCGUUUUUUUUCUCCAACAGGGCUGCGCAAAAGCCAUGUACGAAAUGAUAAAGGACAAAGCUUUAAUCGUCGGAAUUGUCAUCGUUGUUAUGGCGAUCAUCCAGCUUGGAGCAGUCGUUUCAGCCUGCUGCCUGGCUAAGAAAAUUGGCGAGUAA